AUGGUUUUGAGGUUAGGAGAUGGAAGUGAUGAGACUUACUGCUUUGAUUGGCUGAUUGAAUCUGAGGAUGACAAGUUUUUGGAUUCUUGGUUCUUGUUUCUCGUUACAAUCGAGGGGUUUGAUGAAGUUGAGCACGCGAGCGAGAGAGAGUGCCCCACGUCACGCGUCAUAGGUAUGUCACGGAAGAGUGGACGUCAGUUUGUCGGACUUUGCAAAGACCGCUUCUCGAUCAAGCUUGUCGAUUCGUCUUCUAUACCAUGCCUUCGACUCAUUGCUUUGGCUCCUCAAGCCCAUUCACACCACUCACCAUUGACAGCUUCACAUUUGUCCAAAUCCGAAGCAUCGAAUUCUUCCGAUAUCACAUCCUUCCAAAUAUUCUCAUUAUCGAAAUCCGGUGAUAUGGUGGCGGACAACUACUUUUCCAUACGAGCCCCUAAAAUUUCGGGCCGCUUGGACAAUUUAUUGGAGUUUCCGCAGGACACUUCCGUACACCAUCCAGACUAG